AUGUCAGAAGUCGAAAACCACUUUACAGUCUUCAUCAGGCUCCCUUUUAAUAGAGGGGGUUUUGUUGACCCUCCACCAGUAGCCUGGAAUGCAGCCAAAGAAAAGGAGCUAUGGGAGAUCAUCUCACGGCAGUCAAAGAGCAACGAGCUCAAUUGGAAGGAAUUAGCUGAAAGAUUUGAUGUUACCCAGCCUUUCCUUCUUCAGAAAGCAGCAUGGCUGUACGAACGACAGCUAUCUCAAGUGAGGGCCCAGAUGCGCAAGGUAGGAUCGCGGCAGUCGUCAACCCCUUCGCCUGCCCCAGGUUCCAUGUCGGGAAGUGCCUUCGGUGGGCAAGCGAUGAAGCGAGAUGGGAGUGGAGGCUCGCAAGUCCCUUCUAGAUUGUCAACGCAGGCCAGAGAUAGUCCUUCCCUAAGAGGAGAAGUCAGCGUUCCAGGGACUCCGAAUAAAGUCAAAGCGCCACAAACAUUGAAAAUGGGCUCAGCCGCAACCGCCUCCCAUUCUCGGAGUGGCUCUAUCACGGAGCAGAGAAUGCCACUUCCUAUUUCGCGACACGCUUCUAAGGAUGCGCCAACCAGGCCAAUGGAUCUACGCUCGCGGGCAACGACAGUUCAACAGGAGCCUUUGACACGAUCUCCGAAAGAAUUGCAGCUGUCUUCUCCUUCUUCGUCUGAGCAGUCGGAGAAUGAGACAGCCUCUAAGCCCACGGUCAGUAAUCGUCUAAGACCGUCUUCAGCUCGAAAUAGGCCUCAACCCACACGCACGCAUCAAUCAUCGCCCUCAGAUGAGGGAGGCGAUGGUGAGGAUGAGGAUGAGGAUGACACAUCCCCUUUCCUUCCAUUCGCCGCUGCAUCAAGCGCCAGUACACAUCACCCCACUCAAGACCAGAGCGCAACCCUUCGCGGCGGCUUCGGCACGCCACCACGUGCAGUUAUGCCGACUACUACCCGGCGAGGCACUAUGGAGCGAAUUACUUCCACUAGCGUAAGACCUGCUGUGCUUGUGCCUCAGCAGCAGAUGACCUCGUCCGCUAGCUCAAAUUCAUCUGGACCUGGCAGCUCUGCACCCGCGGUUCGACCAUCACAGCUAUCUGCGCCUCGGCACACUAAUCCACCUUCUCACUCUGCUACUCCGCUGAGUCCUCGGCGUGCUGCUGAGCUUGCUGCUGCUGGACUUUCACCUCUUCGCAGACCUGGGAGUGGCAGGGAAGGGAGCGAUGGUAGUCCAAGCAUGGGUAGCAGCUUCUCUGAUCUUGAUGAUGCCAGUGUGACGCAAAGUGCGUUGGAAGAGGCGUUACUAAGUAACAUGCAGCACGGGGGCAGCGGGGGUGUAGCAAGUCGCAUGAGCACGAUAAGUCAGGCUUUGCGGUCUCGAGUGUUUGAUCAAGGAGGGAGAUAA